AUGGCCAAAUCAAGAUUCCCUUCUCCACCGCUGCUGCUCCUCCUCCUCUUCCUCCUCGUUGCUGUCUCCCACAGCCACGCCGCCGCGGUGGGCAGAAAAGUGGGGGGGCGGAUGCAGGUGAAGAACGUGAGGGAGAACAAGGAAGUGCAAGAGCUCGGGAGAUACUGCGUGAGAGAGUACAACGACCACAAGGCCAACGGCGAGAAGCUUCUCGUGUUCUCGCAGGUGCUGGAGGCCGAGACGCAGGUCGUCUCCGGCAUCAAGUACUACCUCAAGAUCUCCGCUGCCACGCUCGGAGGCGGCGCCCCCCACCAGACUUUUGAUGCGGUUGUGGUCGUCAAGCCGUGGCUGCAUAACAAGGAUUUGGUCCAUUUUGCGCCUUCGCAACCUUCUACUAAUACCGCCAAGUAGAAAACAUAUUCACUAAUUCUGUGAUUUUGCUAUUUUCUACUUGUGUUCCCAUUUUGUUUUCUUUUUGAGAGUUUGUGAAUCUACAACGGGU